AUGUCGACCCUUGCCUUCGAGGAGGAUCCAGCUCUCUACAUCUUCACGUCACUGACGGCCGGGUCCUCGCACAUCGUUACGGCUACAUCACGUCUCGAAACCAUUCUACGUGCCAACCGAGUGCCUUUCAAGGCUGUCGACCUUGCGACAGACGAAAAGGCCAAGCGCCUGUGGGCGCGCAGAGCGGGCAAAGAUGAGGGCGGCCGUAUAAGAAAGCUGCCCGGCCUCUUUCAAGAAGGCUUUAUAGUAGGAGACCUUGUCGAGAUUGAAGAAUGGAACGAAUAUGGCGAAUUGAAACAACACGUCAAGAUCCACUACGACGAGCACACGGUACCAAACAUCCACAACAAACACCCCGCCCCCAAGCUGAAGCGCACCGUCAAGAAGACGACUGGCACUACAAAGGCCGCCACGGCGAUUUCUGGCGUUGCCGCCGCCGGCGCCGCGGCAGCAGGAGCAUCCAAAAAGACACCGGGCGAGAAGAGCGCGGACGCGGACGCGGCCGAGACAAAGGAGCUGCCGGUGCGGUCACUCGCCGCUGAAGCGGCGGCCAAGGCCAAGGAACUCAAGUCUAAGAGCUUGAGGGAAAAGGUGCACGGCGCGGAAAAGAAGGACGCUGUUGAAAAGAAAAAGGAUGGCGCCAAAGUAGAGACUGCGGCCAAGGAUGAUGUUGAGGAACGAGAAACCGAAAAGGGUACCAAAGAGGCUACAGAUAUAAAACAUGACGGUGAAAAGGUCGAAUCAAAGCAUGGUCUAGAUGGAGCUGCAGAAACACCCAAAGAAUAUGACGCUGAGAAAAAGACGGCUGCGGAUGAUACAAAGGCCGCCACGCCAAAAUCGAUAGCGAAAGGAAAGCCCGAUGAGGAGGACGAGGAUGAAAGCGACGACGAGGAAGAGGAAGAAGAUGCCAAGACGGAAGAAAAAGAGAAAUCAGGGCCAAAAUCCCCUGUUGUCGCUGCAGCUGUAGCUACCGUGGCUGCAGCAUCGUCUGCCGCGGCCGCGGCCGUUGCCGCCGUCACACCAACAGCCAAAAAGGACAAGGACAACAUCACGAGACCAAAGACGCCACCAAAGGCUCCCAACACUGAAUCGCCCACCGCCCAAAGCAAGACGGUGAGCGGCAGCUUGCAGUCGCCCACGAGUACGACAUGGAAGAGUGCCGGCCAUACGCCCCUGGUUGCGUCGUUGCAAAGUCCCACCAGCGGCAAGUGGCGACAGGCCGCCAAGGAAGAGGACGGCUCUGAUGAUGAGGAGGGGGAAGAUGAUAGCGAUGAAGAAGAUGACAGCGAGGAUGAAAAGCCAAAGGGUCUUGUAAGGAAGGUCGAGGCUGUCAAGCCGGUGGCGAAGCCGCGAGAAGACGAGGAAGAUGAGGAUAGCGAGGAUGACGAGAAAGAUGACGAGGACAGCGAUGACGAUGAUGGUGAUGAGAAGAAGGCUACAGCAGGAAACCCUGCGCCAGCGAAGACUGCGGAAGCCGCAAAGCCUGUAGAAGCAGCAGAGCCUGUAGAAACGCCAAAGCCUGUGGAGGCGGCAAAGUCUACGGAAGCGGCAAAGCCUGUAGAAGUGGCAAAGACAUCAACGGCAGCCAAACCAGCCGACCCUGACGAGGACGAUGAAGACGAGGACGAGGACAGGGAGGACUCUGACGGGGACGAGCCUGCGGCGAAGAAGUAG